ACCACUGAGCUCAGCGUGGACGGUCCGACGAUCGGCGUGCUUCGCGAGCGUGAUGACGUGAUGACGCACGGACGUAGACACAGCGUGGAGCGGGUGUAGUGAUGGGCGAGAGCGGCGGCGAGGCCGAGCGGCGGUUGCUGGAGCGGGUCCUGGGGCUGCUGUACGAGUGCGAAGAAUCUGAGGUGGAUGGAAAGAAGAACAAGGGAGAGAAACGAAAACUAAAAGGGGGAAGAGGCAAACGAGACAAAACAGAAAAAAAAAUUGUUUGCUCAGAGGCCCAGGCUGUGCCUUGCACUGAGGCAGCGCCCAGAACAAGUAACUUGCAUACAAAGACAACAGCGAUCCCUUCUGCUAAGAUUUCAAAGUGUCUGGAAGGGCUGCGCAGAGAGCUUCUUGAUCCUGAGAAUGAGCAGAUCGUGUGCACAAAGGCAGAGGGAAGAAGAGAACCAGAUGAUCAGAAUGGAACUGUCAGCAACAAGAAGCCAGUUGAAGUUGUAAGCUUUACCGGUGCUCGCAAGAAAAGGAAGCUUCCACCAGUCACAGCCGAGAUCAGUAAAGUGACAGAAACUGCUGAGCAGGACAACAGGAUCCAGAAUGCGAUGAACUUGGAGAGGGCCCGUCUGGAAGUGCACAGAUUUGGUAUCACUGGAUACAGAAAAGAACAGCAAAGGGUUUUAGAACAAGAGAGAGCUAUAAUGCUUGGCGCUAGGCCUCCAAAACGUGAAUAUGUAAAUUACAAAACUUACCAGGAAAUGGUGAAAAAUAAGGAAACAGCGAAACAAAUGAAAAUGAACUCAAAAUCGGCCCUGCCAAAGGAAAAGAAGGACGAGGACAGGCGACACAAGAAGUCUGGCAGAGCCCCAUCUGGACAGGUGGGACGAUUUAAAAAUGGAGCGCUGAUCCUCAGUGACAAUGACAUCAAGAGACUCAAAGUCAGUUCAAAAUCAAAACAUCGCUAAUUUUGUUCUGUUCCUAAAGUAUGCAAAUAUCAUGUUUUUGUUAUAAAUAAAUAUUGUGCAACAUGGCAA